AUGGCUCGCCGUUCCGCAUCCAUCCUCGUUUCUGCACUGUGCAUCGUGGCGGCGAUGUGGAUGUUGUCGAGCACGGCCUUCGUGUCUGCGCCACAGACGUCGCUGCGCGGCAGUGAGGUCCCUCAGAAGCUGGAGCAGGCAGCAGCGCCUGCUGCGUUGGCCGUGGCCGUGGCAGCACUUCCUGAGGCUGCGCAUGCUGGCAACUCCGGAUACGCGCUGCUCCAGUUGGGUUGGGCCGUGUUCAUCAUCAGCCUUGGUCCGGCUGUGCUGUUCUGGAUCUACUUCAACAAGCCUGAGCUCCUGUAA